GCUGGAGGAGCACGCGUCCGCACAGGUUGUCGGCUGUUGGGGGCGUUACCCACGCGGCCCUGGCUGCGUGCUCCACUCCGGCGCCCAUCGCUGAGGCGGGCUUGUCAGCGAUAUCCGGUGUCUUACAUUCAUCAGAGCGCGUCACGCCACGCCAUGGCCGCCAACCAGCAGUUCUGCCUGAAGUGGAACAACCACCACAGCAACCUGCUGAACGUGUUCGAAGCGCUGCUGCACACGGAGGCGUUCACGGACGUGACGCUGGCGGUGGACGGCGCCUCCAUCAAGUGUCACAAGAUGGUGCUGGCCGCCUGCUCGCCGUACCUGCAGACGCUGCUGGCCGAGCACGUCACCACGCAUCCGAUCGUCGUGCUCAAGGACAUUCGCCUGCACGAGAUGCGCGCCCUGCUCGAGUACAUGUACCGCGGUGAGGUGAACGUGGCGCAGGAGCAGCUGGGCUCGCUGCUCAAGGUGGCCGAGACCCUCCAGAUCAAGGGUCUGGUGGAGGAGGGCCGCUGGGAGCGGCACAAGGUCGAGGGCGGCGGCGCCGAGCGCGCCACCAUCGAGCCGCGCCAGCCGUGCCCCGACUCCAACCCGGCGGCGGCGGCGGCGGCAGCAGCAGCGGCCGCCGCAGCUGCCGCCGAGCUGCAGAAGAAGAAGCGGCGACCGCAGGAGGUCUGGUGCGAGAGCAACCCGAUCCUGCGCACGGUUUUGGGCCAUGGCGGCAUGUCGGGCCUGGACGUGCCGUCGCUGAUGGCUGCCGCCAUGGGCCGCGAGAUCAUGGACCGCGAGUUCGCCGACAGACAGGUCAUGUCCAGCACGGGGUCGGAGGAGAACCACGGCGCGCCCAGCACGCCGACCAGCGAGCCCGACAUAGACAAGAUCAGCAACGGCUCCGUGGGCGAGAUGCCGCCCCACUGGGACUCCAAUUUGUCGAGCUACAUGAACAACUACAUAAACUUCGCGCCGACGCCGAUGCGGCCCGAGUGGAAGCGGUACAAGCAGUACAGCAAGACGGACCUGCAGCAGGCGCUCGACGCCGUCAAGGGCGGCAUGACCGCCCUCCAGGCGUCGCGCAAGUUCCACGUGCCGUCUCGCACGCUCUACGACAAGAUCAAGAAGCUGGGCAUCCCGACCAUGCCGCGCCGCUACCCGCGCUCCGUGGGCGCUGUGCCGCCGUCGCCGUUGCCGCUGUACCCGGCCGCGCCGCCCACUGACGAAGACGACGGCCAGGCGGAGCGGCAGCGGGCCAACGGCGACGCCAGCGACGUGCAGCGGCAGCCGAUGGAACUAGUGGUUGGUAGGCGGCGCCCGAGCGGCGGCGCCCUCGAGCGCGAGCUCGGCGAAGACGGCAUCAAGCGACACCGCGACGAGUCGGACGAUGCCCGCGAGCUGGACGUGGUGGCCUAGCGCGCGAGCGUGCGCGCGUCACACGGAUUGUGAUCUAGCAACGGAGCAUUCCACGGUCUGUCUCCGCCUCAUGACAAAGGUAACCAUAUCAAAAUGUGCACCGCGGGCGCCGGCGCGUCUGUCUAUGGUAGUGGGGUGGCUAGCGUCUGGGCGCUCAGGGUGAGCGGAGCCCCUGCACUGUACAAAUUGUGGUGUGCAAUGCCGGCGGCGCCGGCGGCUGGCGCGCGGCUGCGGGACCGGCCGCCGGGCCGCCUGUUGCUCAAGUGAGAAUCAAAGGGUGCUGGCCGGGCCGCGCGGCCGCUCGGUGCGCGCGAUGCCCCGUCCGCACCGGCCCGGUCCGCUGGUGGGUCCUCACACAGGGCACGCGAGUGCUGGCCGCGCGCACCUUCUCAUUGUAGUGUGUUCGUCUGUAAUUACGCAGCUGAACGGGGGGACGCCGAUCGGUGGGGAAUUACAUGCAGCGUUGUCAUGCCCCCUCUUGCCCGGGACUCGGACGGUGAUGCUGCGUUUUGCAGUCAGGCGUGAAGCAGAUAAGGUGGGUUUGUUAUCUACAAUGUGGCCGCUUCCUGAGCGCUUUUGACUGCCGACUUUGUUAGCUUGGCUAGCCGUGCACCGAUGCUUCCGCUUCUCUUUAUGUGCUGUGCUCACGUCCUAGGCCGCUUCGGGCCGAGCUCCGUGAAGCUCCCAGAAAUCAAAACCUCCGCCGCUGAUAUUAUGACGUGAUAUUUUAUGGCGUGCGCGUCGGUGUGAUCAUGUGAGCCGAACUCAGACAUGUUUGUUUCAUUCCGCCGUGCCCGUGCGGACUGGAGCCCACGAUAUUACCAUGUAUCUCAGAGAUGUGCUGCUCGUGGCACAGGGAGUACGGUCACACUUGAAUAUGCACAGGUGUUAACCGUCUAUGCAUUGUUUGGCGGGCCGUCGUCACUCGUGCACCAAGCGAAUGUGGAACAUCGAAGUUACACGCGACUUUAAUUAAACGCAAGUGUUUCAUUGUUUUGAUGUACUGUUGCGUGUGGUUCGUAGUUUUGUGAACAGAGGGAUGCCUGAAGACAUAGGCUGUAAGGGACAACCAUGCCUGAAGACUUGCACAAUUAGGCUAGAUUUCCCGGUACGCGAGACUGCACGGUGCCGCCGUGGUUGUCGGGAGGGUGUUAACAUUCCGAUGAACCUUGGCCGGCUGGCCUGUUGUGUGUGGGGGUCGGUUGGGGGAGGGCGUGGCCAGCCGUCGUGUGGCCCCUCUCUAGUUUCCAUAUCUGUGCGCCUUCGGACUCAUUCCGCCGUCCUUGCGCGCCGCCUGGCGGCGCGCCGUGGCCUUGCUCGCUCCAGCCGGUAGGGGCGCCACUGUCGUCGCGUGCGGACCCGCCGCCGCACGGGCGUGUUCGGCAGGGCCGGCGCAGCAGGGAGGCCAGGGGAAGAGAGUAUUUUUGUUACUGCCAGUUGCGUCCAGGGCACAGGAGGACCGAGUGUUGUCUGUUAUUUACUUGAUAGAACUAAUUUAUGGGAGUGGUGUAGAUACGGUGUAAAUAAAUGCGUCUGUUGGCU